UCACCGCCAUGCCCGGCCCCGCCGCGUCCAUCGCCGUCAUCCUCCUGCUGCAGCUCCGGAUCCGGGAGAGCGCGGAAGACGUCACCGUCGUCUGCCACGACCUGCGUGACGUGGAGGUCACGUGGGACCCGGCCAAGCAUGCGGGGGCGAAUCUGAGCCUGGCAUGGCGCUACAUCCCAGAGCCCCUGCGGCCCUGCCCCCGGUACUUCCUGUCCGACGGCCUCACUUCCGGCUGCAUCCUCCCAGUGCGCAGCAGAAGCCCCCUGGAGAUUGACGUGCGUCGGGGGGCGGAACCUGUGUUCCACCGGAAGGGGCUGGCCUCGGCCUUCCUGAAGCCCCGCCCUCCCGACAAACUCACUCUCCAUUGGCUGGAGGAUGCCAUCCGUGUCACAUGUCCUGCUCUCCCCCACGUCGGCCUCGAUUACGUCAUCCAGCACCGCGGGAUGGGUGACAUUGACUGGGUGGCUUCCGCCCCAGCGCCCUCCUGUGACGUCACCGUGGGCGGAGUCGACCGCAGUGCCUGCCUCGCCUUCAGGGUCCGGGCGUUCCCGCGGGAAUCGUUCUAUGGCGGCGAAGUGCAGCCUAGCGAUUGGAGCCCCGUGACACAAUGGAGGGCUGGUGAAGCUAUGGGUGCAGGGAAUGGCUCCUGCCAGGCUCCGCCCUAUUCCGGGUUCCCAAAGCUCCAGGUCGCCUGUGGCCUCGUGACCCUGCUGACAUCACUGCUGCUGCUGCUGGCACUGUGGAGGGUCAAGCGCGGCCUCCUACCCUGGGUCCCCGACCCCAGGGGUGGCUUCCAAGGACUGUUUGAGCGACAUGGUGGGAACUUCCAGGCCUGGAUUGCGCAGGACGUGUCUCCGCCCCCGAAGGCCGAAGCCGUUGACCCCACUGACCCUGCUGAGGUGGCCCUGGUCCUGGAGCAUCAUGGGAAGAGCGCGGCACCCGACCCAGGCUUGGGGUCUCCCGGGCUCCCAUGCCAGGCCCCGAGGGACAGGGACGUGGUGAGGGUGGGCGGGGCCACCUUCCUGAUGGAUGAAGGCUCUUACAUGACCCUGUGACCCCAUCGUGUCCCUGCUGUGACCCCGGCGGCCAUGAGGAAAGGAGCUCACAGUGCAUGCUGGGAAGAGGGAAAAUUUCUGGGUCUGUGCAUUUCUAGUAAAACGUUACAUGUGAGUCU